UGUUUACACUCAGCAGCUGGUCACCAGAGGAGACAGAUGCUGGGAGAGUCAAAGAGCACAGUCUGUGCUGAGAGCCCAGGAGGACUCUUGGGCCUAGGGGCUGGUUUGGGGAUGUAGGACCUGGCGCCACUUAAUAUAAACCAUGUCACCUCCCAUUAGCUCUCUGUCUUCUCUGCACUCAAGUGGCUCUAGCCUGUGGGCAGCUGUGAGAGCUCAGCUACAGACAAGUUGGAAGCUCCUGGAGGAGAGGAACAGUGUCUCUUUACUUGCUGCCCCGGAACGCCCAGCACAGAGCCAGACCCGGGAAGAUGGGAAGAUGCCCUCUCAACGCCGAUCCGCCCAGCUUCCCCCAGCUGUACUGCUCUGGAAUUCUGCUUCCCGUCUCUUUGCUCUGAAAUGCAGGUACAAAAAUGAAGAAAGGGCUGGCCAAAGCCAUGCCCUAAAGAGACAUGGCAUCUGUUCUGAGAUUUCUGCUAGCAGCCUGCCAAAGACCACAAACCAAUGGAGGGUUCUUUCUCAACAAAGGGAGAUGCUGCUUUGGGAACGAUCCCUGGUGUUCUCCUUACCUGCAUCGAGUAACCACUUCUUCCUUCCCCUGAUCUUUGGCUUGGUUGUGUCCUUUGGCUCCACACCCACCAAGAGGGGAACACAGUUUUCAGAUACAGAGAAGCAGACACCAUUGGGUGGCACGAAGCCAGUUCCAUGUCAAAAAACUAGAACUGGGAAAAAUGUCUCAAGGAUCUGUCCCACUCUCCUGGCCAGUGUGGAGGUUUGAGUGAAAGGCCAUGGUCCUGUUUUAUUUUCUGUUAUUAUAAAACUGUCCUUGGAAGUGUUAUUUGUAAAGAAACCUAUUUCUUAAGACACUUGAAUAUCAGAAUUUGUUGCUAUGUCUUGUAAAAUGGAACCUGUAACACCUAAAGGUCUGCAACCAUGAUUGGUCAUCUUAUUUAAUGAUGUGUUGUUCUGGUAAUAAUAAUAAUACUUAAAUUGCCAAUUCUGUUUUCU